UAAUUAAAAAUAAAAAUGUUAAAAAUUUCAUAUAUGUAUUUUUUAAUAAUAUUGACGUUAGAGUUUAUUGAAAUACAAUCAUUAGUUUUACAAGAGUGCUCAGAUAUAAAUGUAAAUAACAUAAACAAAAAUAUUCUCCUAACUCUUACAAAAGCAUCAAUUCCAGAGUUGGAAGGCAAAAGAAAAGGAGAAGCUGGAAAAAUCGCUGUUGUUGGUGGUUCUAUAGAAUAUACGGGAGCACCGUAUUUUGCUGCCUUAUCUGCCUUAAAGGUCGGAGCGGACCUAGUUUUUGUAAUUACUACGGAAGAUGCAGCACCCGUAAUAAAAUCUUACAGCCCGGACCUAAUCGUUAUUCCUUAUUCGUCAAAAAACAUUUCCUCACUUCUUUAUAGUAAAGAUGUUAUAGUUUUAGGACCGGGCUUAGGUCGGGAACUAGAAGGGUUGAACUUAGCAUACGACGUAAUUAAUAUUUGUAAGGAAUUGAAAAAACCUUUGGUUAUUGAUGCUGAUGGGCUUUACGCAGUUUAUAAGAAUAUUUCCGUAAUUAAAAAUUAUCCGAGCCCCGGAGCUAUUUUAACUCCUAAUAACGCAGAAGCAAAAAGAUUGAAAGAAGCUAUUCCUGAAGCAGAUAAUCAAUGGUACAAUUUUUGGGGCGACUAUGUGACGAUCUUAGAAAAAGGAGAGGCUGAUAAAUACCAUUCAAAUUUAAGGAAGUUUGACUGGUUUAUAAAUGAGGAUGGCUCUGGUAGGCGAGCUGGUGGACAGGGUGAUAUAUUAGCUGGUUCGUUGGGAACUUUCCUAAAUUGGGCACUUAAAGCAAAUCUUUGUGAAAAUGAUCAAUCCGUUGCAUUAGCACAAAGUGUAGCGUCUUUUGCUGCUGCCAAAUUUACAAGAGCAUGCAAUUACAAGGCAUUUGAAUUGCACGGUCGAAGCAUGAUCGCUUCUGAUAUGUUAAAUGUAAUUCAUCCGACUUUCGAUAAUCUUUAUACGUAAACCUAAAUGAAAACAUAUCUUAAAUUAAAUUUAUUUCCUUACCUGAUA